UUUCCUGCUUCAGCUCCAGUGGGUGAUGGCGGGGCUCCAUCUCUCCACAUCCAACACGUUACAGACUCAUUUCUUCUUUUCUUCAUGGGUUGAAAUUGUUUCCGCCGCUUAUAAACAUUAGGACGAACGUGUGAUAAUAUUCUCUCAAACUAGUUUGCGGUAAACGCGAGUGGAAAGUGUCGGAUCCGUGGCCGUACAUCGCUGCCGUUGUAUUUAAAAUGGCUCCAGUUCAAAUCGGUUCGGACGGGCAGCUGGUCCCCGCCGGGGGUCCGAGCUCAGCCCCGCAGCCUCCUCCGGGAGCUCCGGCCACUCAAGGAGUCCGGCUGAGCCUCCUGAUCGAGUUCCUGCUGCAGCGAACCUACCAUGAGAUCACUCUCCUGGCUGAGCUACUUCCUCGAAAAACAGACAUGGAAAGGAAAAUUGAAAUUGUUCAGUUUGCCAGUCGGACACGGCAGCUCUUCGUACGUCUGCUUGCUCUUGUGAAAUGGGCAAGUAAUGCUGGGAAGGUGGAGAAAUGUGCGAUGAUCUCAUCAUUUCUGGAUCAGCAAGCAUAUUUAUUUGUUGACACGGCCGAUCGACUGGCAUCACUGGCCAGGGACGCCUUGGUACAUGCACGUUUGCCUAGUUUUGCCAUCCCUUUCGCCAUUGAUGUAUUGACCACAGGGUCUUAUCCGCGUCUGCCCACCUGUAUCCGAGACAAAAUUAUUCCUCCUGACCCUAUAACCAAAGCAGAAAAGCAGACAACGCUAAAUCAGCUCAAUCAAAUCCUGAGACACAGACUAGUCACCACUGACUUGCCACCGCAGCUGGCCAACUUAACUGUGGCCAAUGGGCGAGUAAAGUUUCCCAUACUGUGCUAUGGACGGGCAUUGGUCCACAGCAUGCAGGUGAAUUAUAUCCACGAGUUGGUGCAGUCCCGACUGUUUGGAGAUGACAAGCCUCUUCAGGACAUGUACAACUGCCUCCACUCGUUUUGCCUAUCACUACAGCUGGAGGUGUUGCACUCCCAGACUCUGAUGUUGAUCAGAGAGCGGUGGGGUGAUCUAGUGCAGGUCGAGCGCUACGUCCCUGCCAAGUGCCUCACGUUGUCUGUCUGGAAUCAACAGGUCCUGGGUAGAAAGACUGGCACUGCACCUGUGCACAAGGUCACCAUCAGAAUUGAUGAGACUGAUGGAUCCAAGCCAUUACAGAUCUCCCACGAGCCUCCACUCCCUGCCUGUGAUUCCAGAUUAAUGGAAAGAGCCAUGAGGAUUGAUCAUCUCUCAGUUGAAAAGCUUUUGAUCGAUAGUGUACAUGCCCGCUCACAUCAGAAACUGCAAGAACUCAAAGCCAUCCUAAAAAGUAGCAACCCUAGUGAUAACUCCUUCAUAGAGACUGCACUGCCCACACUAGUCAUACCAAUCCUGGAGCCCUGCGGCCGAUCGGAGUGCCUCCACAUAUUUGUCGAUUUGCAUUCAGGAAUGUUUCAGCCAAUGCUCUAUGGAGUUGAUCAGUCAAUGUUAGACGACAUUGAGAAGAAUAUUAAUGAUGAUAUGAAGCGCAUCGUCACAUGGAUACAGCAGCUAAAAUUCUGGUUGGGUGAGCAGAGAUGUCGACAGUCUGUGAAACAUCUUCCCACACUGUGCACAGACACUCUCCACCUAUCUAACUUAACCACGCAUCCUGUGGGCAACCUGUCAAAACAUCGCCUCUUCAUCAAACUCACUCGCCUCCCACAAUACUAUAUUGUGGUCGAGAUGUUUGAUGUGUCCAACAAUCUGACAGAGCUCCAGUAUAAGUACUACUUCCUGUCUGUGAGUCCGAUUGAGAGUGAGGAUGGGCUGCCUUCUGCUCAGCUGCUGCAGCAGUUUAAGUCCAACCUGAAGGAGCUUGUGCAGGACAUUUCAUCUGGACGAAUGGCUCGUCCUGGGUCCAAGAGAAAGUUGUCAGGAGAGCAAAGUGCCAUUGAACCGAAGAAACCCAAGAGGUCAGGAGAGAUGUGUGCCUUCAAUAAGGAGCUGGCCCACUUGGUAGCCAUGUGUGACACCAACAUGCCCCUCAUCGGAUUACGCUGUGAGUUGUCCAAUAUGGAGAUUCCUCACCAAGGGGUUCAGGUCGAAGGAGACGGCUGUAGCCACGCCAUACGUAUUCUGAAAGUUCCACCUUGUAAAGGAGUGAGUGAGGAAACGAGAAAAGCUCUAGAGCGCUCCCUGCUGGACUGUACGUUCAGACUACAGGGCCGGAAUAAUCGCACCUGGGUGGCAGAAUUGGUUUUCUCCGGUUGUCCACUCAACAGCACAGCCAACAAAGAUCAAGCUUCUGCGCGGCAUGUCUACCUGACUUAUGAGAAUCCCCUUUCGGAGCCGGUGGGUGGCAGGAAGGUGGUGGAGAUGUUCUUGAACGACUGGAACAGCAUUAGUCAGCUUUAUGAAUGUGUGCUGGAGUUCUCAUGCGCUUUACCUGAAAUGCCCUCCUAUUUGAGCCUUUUCUCAGAGAUACGGCUGUACAAUUAUCGGAAGCUGGUUCUAUGUUAUGGCAGCACCAAAGGCAGCUCGGUGACGAUACAGUGGAACUCUGCAUCCCAGCGUUACCAUCUGGCCCUGGGGACUGUGGGGCCCAAUUCAGGCUGUAGCAACUGUCACAACAUAAUUCUCCACCAACUUCAAGAGAUGUUCAACAAGACACCCAAUGUAGUACAACUUCUACAGGGCCUCUCAGACACUCAAGCUCCUCUAAAUGCCAUCAACAAGCUACCCACAGUGCCUAUGCUGGGUCUCACCCAAAGGACCAAUACGGCGUACCAGUGCUUCUCCAUCCUGCCUCAGUCACCCACUCACAUCCGGCUGGCCUUCCGCAACAUGUACUGCAUUGACAUCUACUGCCGUAGCAGAGGUGUGGUGGCCAUCCGUGACGGGGCCUAUAGUCUUUUUGACAACACCAAGAUAGUUGAAGGUUUCUACCCCGCCCCAGGACUAAAGACGUUCUUGAACAUGUUUGUGGAUAGUAACCAAGACGCCCGCAGACGCUCGGUCAAUGAAGACGACAACCCUCCCUCCCCGAUAAGCAUGGACGACACCUUCAUGCCCCACACCCAGACGCAGCCUCCAGGCAGAGGGGUUUAUCCACCCCUCACAUCGCCCCCCAACCCGUACCACGUGCCUCCCUCACCGUCCAUGAUAACAACACAGUCUCCAGGGAACAUCCACGCAGCUAAUUCCCCUAGCGGAGCUCUGCGGGCCCCUUCUCCCUAUGGGCCCACCCCUUCUCCUUCCUCUCUGGGCAUUUCUAUGGGGCAGACCUCCAACUUUGCUAGCCCACAUGGAACUCUUGACCCCAGUUCACCGUACACGAUGGUGUCCGCCAGUCCAAGGGUCGGACCAUGGCCAGGUUCUCCGCAGGUCUCUGGACCCUCCCCAGGGGCCCGAAUCCCUGGCAUGUCACCAGGCAACCCUUCUUUGCACUCACCUAUUCCAGAUCCAUCCCACUCCCCUCGAGCUGGCACCAGUUCACAGGCAAUGCCCCCACCCCGUAAACUGCCACAGCGGUCCUGGGCCGCUUCUAUUCCCACCAUCCUCACCCACAGCAAACUACAUGUUCUGCUUCUGCCGUCAUCCAUUCCAUGCCCAGUGCCAGGGCUGGCGGGCAGCUACCUGUGCUCACCUCUGGAGCGCUUCCUGGGCUCUGUCAUCAUGAGGCGGCACCUACAGAGAAUCAUACAGUUAGAACCCAAUCUCACUAUUGUGAACUCCAACGAGCCAGGCGUUAUCAUGUUUAAGACAGAAGUGCUUAAAUGUAGAGUGGCUCUCAACCCCAAAACCUACCAGACUCUGCAGCUGAAAGUCACACCAGAAAACACUGGACCCUGGUCGCAGGAGGAGCUGCAGGUCCUGGAGAAGUUCUUUGAGACCAGGGUUGCAGGACCACCCUUUAAAUACAACACACUAAAUGCCUUUACAAAGCUGUUGGGAGCUCCAACCAACAUACUCAGAGACUGUGUUCGCAUCAUGAAACUGGAGUUGUUCCCAGACCAAGCGGCCCAGCUGAAUUGGAAUGUGCAGUUCUGUCUGACCAUCCCACCCAGCGCUCCUCCCAUCGCCCCACCAGGAACCAUUGCUGUGGUGCUUAAGACCAAGAUGCUCUUCUUUCUCCAGCUGACCCAGAGGCUACCGGUACCCCAGGAGCCCGUCAGCAUCAUAGUGCCUAUUGUGUAUGACAUGGCUACUGGACUGACCCAGCAGGCUGAUAUCCCCCGCCAGCACAGCUCCUCGGGAGCCGCGGCCCUGAUGGUCAGCUCCAUCCUCAGGAGGUUCAAUGAGCACCAUCCACCACGACAAGGAGAGUGCACAAUAUUUGCAGCGGUUCAUGAGCUCAUGGCUAAUCUCACGCUGAACCCUGUUGGACGGUCAUGACUUGUUGUCUCUUAGGAAACUUCUCCAGACGAUCAGUAAAUAACUCGAGGGAAAUUCAGGUUUUCUGCUACAGCCGAUGGACUCUUCUGCUGGUGUAUCAUAUUGUCAUAAAAGGGAGCAGAAAUAUGAUGGAACUUUUUUUUUAUUGUAUUAUGAAGCAUGUAAAUUAAUAAUUGUGACAAAAGCAGGAC